AUAUUGCCCCAAGCACCAGCUUGAAGCUAUAAGGUAGACAAGCAGUAGAAAGAUGAGCUUCAGGAGCCCACGGCUUCACUUCACCCUGCUACUCCUCACAUGCUACUGCUCCAUCAAAAUUGCUGCCAACGGCGGCAAUAGAACCACAGUCCAGUGCCUCCCUAAUCAGGCUUCAUCUCUGCUCCAGCUGAAGCACUCCUUUCUCAAACCCAACCUCUCGUCAUGGCAACAGGGCACAGACUGUUGCCACUGGGAGGGUGUUGGAUGUGACAGGGCAUCCGGUCGGGUGAUCACUUUGGACCUCAGUGAUCGUAACCUGCAGAGCACCAGUGGUCUCAGCCUAGCACUAUUCAACCUCACCUCUCUCACAAAUCUCAGCCUCUCUGGUAAUGACUUUGGCCUGACCAGUCUUCAUAGUUUUGGGUUUGAGCGGCUGACCGAGCUCCUCAGUCUCAAUUUUUCUAAUACGAGGUUGUUUGGUCAGAUACCCAUUGGAAUUGGUCACCUCCAAAAUUUGCGUACACUUGAUCUUCCCUCUCAUACUGACUGGCCUGGUUAUGCACACAAUGAUCUAUAUCUCCGAGAUCCAAGUUUUCAGACAUUCGUAUCCAAAUUUUGCAAUCUAAGGGAUCUCUAUCUUGAUAAUGUGCAAAUCGUAAACGGUGGAUCAACUUGGUCUAUUGCUUUAGCAGACUCUGUUCCUCUACUACAGAAUCUAAUAGAAGGUAGCAGCUUAGGUAUGUUGAAAUUGAGAGAUAAUCAUUUGCAUGGGAUACUACCUGAAAAUAUUGGAGAAGGAUGUAUGCUUCAGACAAUUGAUUUGAACAACAACCAAAUUGAAGGGAAGAUACCAAGAUCAUUAUGUAACUGCAGAAACUUAGAGGUUCUUGACAUUGGUAGCAAUCAAAUUCUUGAUACUUUUCCAUCUUGGUUGGGUGAGAUGUCUAAUCUACGAAUUCUCAUCUUGAGAUCAAAUCAAUUAUAUGGUUCAAUAGGAGGCCCUGGUGAAAGUGAUGCGAGUAGUAAGGGCUUCUCGGCUUUGCAGAUUAUUGAUUUGGCCUCAAAUAACUUUUCUGGGAACUUGAGUUCAAAAUGGUUUGACAUGCUACAAAGAAUGACAGAAAACUCUAGUGAGAAGGGUAAUGCUCUGGCCUUUGACUCAAGAUUUCCCGGGGAGUACUACCAAGAGAGACUCACAUUCAAAGGGAUUGAUCUUACAUUUACCAAGAUCCUGACCACUUUCAAGAUGCUUGAUUUCUCAAACAACACAUUUGAUGGUCCCAUGCCAGACUCAAUUGGGAAUCUUAUUGCUCUACAUGGCCUGAACAUGUCACAUAAUGCCUUCACUGGAAGAAUCCUAUCAAAGCUUGGUGACUUGGCACAGCUUGAGUCACUGGACCUCUCUCGGAACAAGCUCUCGGGGGAGAUCCCAAGGGAUCAAACCAGCCUAACAUAUCUGGCCGUGUUGAAUCUCUCCUACAACAAUUUGACCGGAAUGAUACCAGAAGGGCAGCAGUUCUCACUGUUCACCAACAGCUCAUUCGAAGGCAAUGAAGGACUGUGUGGGAAGCCACUGUCCAAACAGUGCAACAGUUCAGGUACCGGAACCCUCAACUCAUCGGUGUCUUCGCAAGACAGUGUUGGAACCAUAGUGUUGUUUGUGUUUGUGGGAUCCGGUUUCGGAGUUGGCUUUGCGGUGGCUGUUGUUUUGUCAGUGGCUUUCCAGGCCAAACGCUGGAACUGCAAUCGUUUCCGUUCUACCAGUAAAUGAUGUGUGGCCUGGGCUGUGUCAGUGUGUUUGUUUAUCAUAUGUAUUGAUAUGAGUUUGUACGAACCUACUUGUAUAAGACUGAUGCACCUUUUCUCCUUUUCAUAUAUGAUGAAUUGUAAAGUAAGGAAACAAAAUCAUAGUAUGAGCUUGUACGAACCUGCUUCUUAAGGUUAAUCAAGGCAGAGUCUGUGGUAGACCUUGAUCCCCAGCAGCUCUUUUGCGGCCAGAGUUUGGUCAACCCAGGACACCUGAAAAGGUAGUAAACGAGUCCAAUUAGACUUACAGUUCCUAGUGUCAAUCCUGUAUUUCACGCGCCAUUUUUUGGGAAAAAUAAAUGAGAGAUGUGUGCAUUUUGUCGCCCAGGCACAUUCCAUCGAACACCUGGAGCACGAGGACGAACCCCAUGGCGUCCCCAGUGACGAGAGU